CUUAUGAUUGGUUACUUAAUGUGGCCAUUUUUCGAACUCUUUUCUCCUUUGUUUUUUAGUUUGGUUUGUUUAUUGUUUAUUGUGAAACAGCAGAGUAUUUAUUUUUUAAAUAUCGUUUCUCGCCUGUUUUCGAAGCCUCACGAUGCCGGUUCACUCGCGGGAAAAGAAAGACAGUAAUCAUGAAGAAAUGGAGGUGGAUUACCCGGAGCAAGACGCUAGCAGUUCCGACGAAGAGGACACCGAAAGCUCCUCCGUUUCUGAAGAUGGAGACAGUUCAGAGAUGGACGAUGAGGAUUGCGAAAGGAGAAGAAUGGAAUGCCUAGACGAAAUGACCAACUUAGAGAAACAGUUCACUGAUCUCAAAGACCAGCUCUAUAAAGAGAGACUCAGCCAAGUAGAUGUUAAGUUGCAGGAAGUGAUGGCGGGCAAUGCCCCUGAGUAUCUCGAACCCUUGGCCAACUUGCAGGAGAGCAUGAAGAUCAGAACAAAGGUUGCAGGCAUCUAUCGGGAGCUGUGCCUGGAGUCUGUGAAGAACAAGUAUGACUGCGAGGUCCAGGCUGCCUUCCAGCACUGGGAGAGUGAAAAGCUGCUGCUGUUCGACACUGUGCAGAGCGAGCUGGAGGAGAAAAUCAGGCGGUUAGAGGAGGAUCGCCACAGCAUAGACAUUACCUCAGAGCUGUGGAAUGACGGGAUGCAGUCCAAGAAGAACAGGAAGAAGGACCCCUUCAGCCCUGACAAAAAGAAGAAGCCUGUCGUCGUCUCCGGACCCUAUAUUGUUUACAUGCUACAAGAUUUGGACAUUCUGGAAGACUGGACCGCGAUAAGAAAGGCAAUGGCUACAUUGGCCCCACACAGAGUCAAGGCAGAUGUGCCUGCUAAGAAUGAGAAGCACCAGCACAGCGCUAGGUCUGAGGACGGGCGCUUGUUCUACGACGGCGAGUGGUACAGCCGGGGACAGGCCAUAUGCAUCCACAAGAAGGACGAAUAUCCCACCAGUGCCAUAAUAACCACCAUUAACCAUGACGAGGUGUGGUUCAAGCGACUGGAUGGCAGCAAGUCGAAGCUGUACAUUUCCCAGCUGCAGAAAGGCAGAUACACCAUAAAACACUCCUAGCGUCUGUCGCCCUCUUCUCCUCCGCCUCGUCCAAAGGGAGCGUGAGCGUUUAUGGCCCUCCCGUGAUUUUCAUUGUUUAAAGCCGAUGCUCCCUUAAUCUCCCAGUGAAGUGUCUCCCUUCUACUGUGUGUUUUCAUGUAUGUGUGUGUGUGUAAGGGAGAGAGAGAGAGAGAGUGAGCCACUCUGUUGAUCCUCCACAUGGGAGUGCUGCUACAGGAAAAAUUGGUUUCCAAGGAAACCUCAGAGGGUGGGAGGGGCAACUUUGGCUGAGCAGGCGAAUGCUAUUCCUGCCCUAUUGCUGGUUGUCUCUUAGUCUCAUUUUUGUCCUUUGAUACAUAUAUUUUGGGUCAUAACCUCAGUGCAUGCUGGAACAGAUAUAGCGAAUUGUGAUUGAUGCUUCAUGACCAAAACCACAAGCCACGAAUGCAGAUACUGUGACUUGGUGAAAUGAAGCAGUCUUGGUGUUUUUCUGUGGUGAGCAAAACUAUUGAUUGGCUCAUCGAAGCUUGUGAGUGGCAGCCUAGUAUAGCUCCAUCCCUUUUGGGGCUCAGGAUGCCUUGCUCUUCUCAGUAUUGAAGGGCCUUGUAUGACAAACUAACCUUCAGAGGCCCAAAUUGUUCUCUUCUCACAAAGCAUUGAUCUGCUUACCUCAUCUGAAUAUUGCUGCUACUCCACCUACUUAAAAAUUCCCGCCACAAUGCAUUCUCACACGCGUGUGCGCCGGUCAGCUGUGGGAGAGACGUUCUCCAUUUUGAUUGGUUGCUCUUCUGACUGCAGGCAUUGCACAGAUCCACUGAGCUCUGUCUUCAGAUGCGUCAGUCUAAUCAUCAUUGUGCUCUGUGAGCCCAUCCUGCUAGUAUAGACAUCAGUGGGUCUACACAAAGCCUUCUUGGAAGAGAGCGGUUGGUGAAAACGUGUUGUCCUUAAAAGUGAAAAUUUGAAAUUUGCAUGAAGUUGCAUGAUUUAUUUUAAUUUUUUCUGGGAUUUUUACAUUUCAAAUUUUUUUCUUUGUUUCAUUUCUAUGUCCUAUGUCUGUAUGCGCAAGCCAUUAUCAAAAUGCUGGGAAAUGUUCACUUGUUUUUUAAUCGCUUUUAGAAAAUGUGAGUAUAGAUUUUCCUCGUCCCUUUCACUUCUAAAAGGUCAUACCUGCAUUACGGAUGCAGGAGAGCACAUACUGCUCAUUGUUGCUGGUUUGCUUUUAAGACUUUAUUGUCAGUCCGUUAAAUUUCACAACCGAAUGUGUGAAUCUGCCUCCCAAGAUUGUUAAAGUGCUGUUGGGUCAUCUUUAAAAACAAAAAAAUGUAUAAUCAUAAAUGUCAAAAAUAAGAGCUACCAACAAUUUCUCUUAAGUAUAAUAUAACAAAAAAUGAAUAUUCAGGAAUAUUCCAAUUCUAAAUGCGAAAUAUUCAGUGCUGCUGAUAGCGUGUUCGUUUGAGGCGUCUUGAGCCGUGUGAUUCAGAUCAUUGGCAUCAUUUGCCAGGAAGGGAACCUGAGUCAUGGUGAAGCUUCACAGUUUCUCCUUUCUCCAUUGUACAAAUGGAAUCGGUUUGGCUCAAGCUGGAUCCCAUCCUCUCUGACCCCACAGUACAGCAACAUUGGCUCCAUUGCCCACAAUCUGCUGUUCCCCGGUCAAAUCGACUGCCUAUACUUCAUCUGAAGUUCAAGGAUCAAGGAGGUUCUUCCCAAAUUAAAGGAGACCCUAUAUGGGUGGUGUACAGUUUUGGUCCUUGCUCACAUUAAAGUUAGGGCUAAUACUUUGGAGGGCUUUUCACUUCAAAGCUUUGUUGACAAUUUUCAGUUAAGCUUUGGAGCUUUGUAAUGCUAUCUGCAUUAAAUAAAUGUGUCUGUGUUUUUGGUCCUCCAAAGUAACUGAUCGAUUUACCAGUAGAGGGUGCCAUUUGAGAUGCUUUAGUAGUAGUGUACAACAUCAGUUCUGCUUGUUAUUACCUUUUGAGAGGAAAUACAAGAUCAUUCACGUUGGAGAAAGGCCAUAUCUUUUUUUUUUUCUUCUUCUGUGAAUCUGAUUAACAGUUUACAUUACCUGUUUCCAAACGUCUAGUUGUGUAUUAACUUCUGUCCCCAACCAAUGAAUGAUGCAUCACGUGAAGUCAUUCUUGUAAGCCCUGCCUAAAAACAACACAUUUAUUCCCAAGAAACAGGGUGAGGUGUAAUUGGCUGCAUUCUUUGAUAAAUUAAAUGCUGUUCUCACCCUUGCUCUAUAUGAACUUUACUGGUUCCUUUGCGGUGGUCACUGAUGGUGUUAUAGCUUUCGCCCCCUUCUUUGAGAGACUCCUUGGUACUUUUGGCAAUGCAGAUGGCGGUAGCUUACUGAUUCUUCCCAUGGCAAUCUCGUAAACGGGCUGGCACCUGUGACAUUGGUGGGCUCAUCAGACACCGAAUAGCGUGACCGUUCGCUCCAAAUCUGAUUGAAGUGAAUUGGCUUGGUUGUUGCUCUAAUGACUUUAUGAGCUGUAGACUGGAACAAGCUGAUUUAAGAUGGGUUUGGUUCCCCCCAGUUGCAAGCCUAAAUAUUGCUUAGGCUAUAGCUUAUAAAGACAGGCAUUAACGGUGAGUUUAUAAUACUGUACACACAGGAGUGUAUAGUGUACCUCCUGGAUGGCUGCCAUGUAUGUUGGCUUUCGCUCUUAAUUGGCAGCAUUAAUUUGCAAUUUUGCAUGUAUAAUCUGUACUCAAUUGCAUUGCUGCACCAUGGGAAAAUGCAUCAGUCAAAUUGUACAGUUUAAGCCAGGGUGAUGGGCUUAAACAGAAACCUGUGUACACACCGGGGCUCUGAACAUGGCUGCAUACUAUUGAAUCAUGUUCACCUCAACUUCAUACUAUUGGAUCUUAUGUGUGUGUCCAUCCUACAUGAGUAACUUGAGGAAGAGGCAUGCUUACUUCUUUAUCAAGUAAUAACGAAAGUAAAAAUUGUGCAGUGUGCUCAAAUCUAUUGGUGGAAAUUAUACCAAAUUUUUACAGAAUAUUCAGUUUUCAUACAGCGUAACUCUUACGAAACUGAUGUGGCAUGCGCGUGGCACUGUGUUGAUGACCUGAACAAAUUGGUAGAGAAUUCUAUUGACAACAAGUAAUACGUUUUCUAAAAAGUGAUUGCUUAAAAAUGACCAAUGAAUUAAUUGUGUGUGCUCCAGUUGCUCUGAUACAUUUCUGUGCUGACGGGUCCGUGUGUAGUGGUGUCAAACGUGAAAAUGAAUUCAGUAGAAAUAAAGGGUUUCUUGGGUAAAUUGUGGGUUCUGUGUAUGAAUUCAUACCUCAAAGACCCAAAUUGUGUAUAUUUACUUGUGCCAAAAAAUAGUGUUGCAUUUUUGUGAAUGCAGUGUGCUGCUACAAAUGACAUGCCACCUCACAAGGGCAUUGUGACCGCAGCCCUAAAAUGUUAUUGACUCCAUUCACCAAGCGCAUUUUCACUGUUGCAUGUUGGCAUUUUUGGUCCUGCAAGGUAUUGCCCUUCAGCCUGUUACAGUCCCAUAUUGGUUUGAUCAAAAGAUUUACUGUUGUAAAUGUGUCACUGUAUUUUCCACAUUACAUUUUAAUGUUUCUAUUGUAAAGACAAAAAAAAUUGCAAUGCAUGUACAGCAAAUUAAAUAUUUGUUUAAGAAGGC